UGACAAUGAAUCAAAGUUCAAAACAACAAACCAACACUGUAUCUCAAGGCACUACUCUUUAGUUUAAAGAUCCAUUAACUGUGUCACAACCUUAAAAAUCUGUGUAGCUCUUUGUGGGUAUUCAAUCAUGGACAAUACUAAAAGCAUAGAACCAAGCGAUUUUUCAAGUCCUUUGCUUUCCACAGAAUCACAAGGGUAUGGUGAGGAAAAGAGGGAGAAAGGAACUUGGUUGGUGCCACCUAGACUUAUACUUAGCACCCUCGUUGCUGUUUCUGGUUCUUAUGUUUUUGGCUCUGCUGUGGGAUAUUCAUCUCCUGCUCAAACGGGAAUCAUGGAUGACCUCAAUCUGGGUGUGGCUGAGUACUCACUUUUUGGUUCAAUACUGACAAUUGGAGCAAUGGUCGGUGCCGUCAUAAGCGGUAGAAUAGCAGAUUAUGCAGGUCGACGAGUUGCCAUGGGCUUCUCUGAGAUAUUCUGCAUAUUGGGAUGGUUUGCCAUAGCAUUCUCAAAGGUUGGUUGGUGGCUUUAUGUUGGAAGAUUGUUGGUAGGAUGUGGGAUGGGCCUUCUAUCUUAUGUGGUACCAGUUUAUGUAGCUGAAAUAACACCCAAGAAUCUUCGAGGGGCACUGACCACAAUUCACCAGUUAAUGAUUUGUUGUGGGGUAUCAUUAACUUAUCUUAUUGGAGCAUUCUUGAAUUGGAGGAUUUUGGCUCUAAUAGGAACUAUUCCUUGUCUUGUACAGCUUUUGGGUCUAUUCUUCAUUCCUGAGUCUCCUAGGUGGCUGGCCAAAUUUGGUCACUGGGAAAGGAGUGAAUCUGUGUUACAGCGCCUUAGAGGAAUGAAUACUGAUGUUUCCCAAGAGGCCACUGAAAUUAGAGAUUUCACAGAAGCCCUUCAGCAACAAACAGAAGCUAAUAUUAUUGCCUUAUUUCAACUGCAGUAUUUGAAGUCACUUACUGUAGGAGUUGGCCUGAUGAUACUACAACAAUUUGGAGGGGUUAAUGGCAUUGCUUUUUAUGCAAGUUCUAUAUUCAUCUCUGCCGGGUUUUCAGGAAGUAUCGGAACAAUAGCAAUGGUUAUCGUUCAGAUCCCGAUGACAACUUUGGGAGUACUUUUGAUGGAUAAAUCUGGAAGACGACCGCUUCUACUGAUAUCUGCAUCAGGAACAUGCUUAGGAUGCUUUUUUGCAGCCUUAUCAUUCUUCUUACAGGACCUACAUAAAUGGAAGGAAUUCAGUCCCAUUCUGGCGCUUGUUGGUGUACUGGUAUAUACAGGAUCAUUCUCACUUGGCAUGGGAGGAAUCCCUUGGGUUAUAAUGUCUGAGAUAUUUCCCAUUAACGUGAAGGGCUCUGCUGGAAGCCUAGUGACAUUGGUUAGCUGGUUGUGUUCUUGGAUUGUAUCAUAUGCCUUUAACUUCCUUAUGAAUUGGAGUUCAUCAGGAACUUUCUUCAUAUUCUCUAGCAUAUGUGGCUUCACCAUUCUAUUCGUAGCAAAGCUAGUACCAGAGACCAAGGGGCGUACACUAGAAGAAGUUCAGGCAUCUCUGAAUCCAAAUUCCACGUAGAGAUGAAUUUUGGAUGACCCAGUAAUGGAAUUGCCUGCAUAAUAAAGCAACAAUUUUCAAAAUGAUGAAAGAUGGUGAAUCGUGAUUUCAUGAAACAAGCUUGACCAUGUUUAUGAUGCAAAGAAUGUGUUUGCUUGAUCAUUAUGGUCCCUAAACAAUUUAACAUUGCUUAAACCUGUUGAUAGAAGUAAAUUAAAUUGAAAGGGGCCGUUUAAGCAAUUUAACAUUAAUUACAAAUAAAUUUGCUG